AACACUGCAACGUUGUUGACGUGUUUGUAAUCGCUCUGCGGAAAAUUUUUAAAAAACAGCCGAAUUGUUGGGAUUUUUACCAGCGUUAGAGCCAGUGACUUAAAUAGCGAAGUGCUAAUAAACUGUGCUAUUUGCAAGCACAAAAAUUUGUUUCAUUUUGAUUAAACAAACAAAUAAAUAUAGCUAGAGACAUAAAAGUGCAGUGAGGUGACAAAAACAAUAAGGCGCGAAAAUGGAUAAAUGCCAUAAGUGCAAGAAUCCAAUUCGCGGUGACAGCGGAAUCCGCUGUGAUGGUGUGUGUGGUAAAGUGUGGCACUGGGCAAAAAAAUGCUCUGAAUUGGAUGAGUACAGUGCGAAUGUACUCAAAGAAAACAACUUUGUGCGCUUUAUGUGUAACCAAUGUCACACAUACAUGCAUAACAUCGAUGAGGUGCUCCGAAAUAUGAACUUAACAAUAGAGAAAAAUAGUCAAAAGAUCCAAGAGUGUAAUGAUGACUUCCAGGAGUCGCAGAAAAUGCAAGUGAAAGAGCUUAAACUUCUCUUGCAAUCAAUAGAGAAAAAAUUUGGGGAACGCAUUGAUGCAAUGCAAAGAGUACAAAAAACCUGUGAGGCGAGUAUUCUCGAAGUGAACCAAAUUAAGUCAAUAGCUGACGGCGUAAAAAAGCAAAGCCAUGAUCUUUGCGAAGCCAUAGUGCGCAAUGAAAAUGAGAACAAAAAAAUUUGUGAAGAGAUAAAGAAAUCGGUGACUGCUGACGCGUUAGCAGGUCAGCGGGCGAAAGCCACUUACGCGGAUCUCUUUAAAGGUAAUACUGCGAAAGAUAAUAGGCCGCCGAAAGUAAAUAAAGAGAAGCCAUUAGUUCUACAACCAAAAGAGAAGCAGGAAGUGGGAAAAACAAAAGAAGAUUUGAACAAAAAUGUUGACCCCUCGGGCUUGAAAAUUAAUAGUGUACAGGGGAGGAAAAGUGGGGCUGUAGUAAUACAAACAGAAAAUGAGGCUGAGCGUGAAAAAAUCAAAAAGGCAAUAGAGAAUAAAAUGAGUGAUAGAUAUGAAAUAAAAAUCCCAAACGUAGCCAAGCCAAGGUUCAUGGUAUAUAGAAUGAGCUUUAAACAUGAGAAUGAGCAGCUCAGGGAUAUGAUAAAAAAACAGAAUGAAUGCUUCAAAAAUGGUAAUUUCAAAAUUUUGAAAUGUUUUGAAACAAAAAGAGGAAAUGCAAAACAUUAUAAUGCGUUAGUAGAAACAGAUGUAGAUGCCUUUGCAGCCGUGCUGGCAAGCGAAAAAAUAAACAUAGGUUGGGAAAAAUGUAGAGUCAAAGAUGGAAUGGAUGUUACUUUCUGUUUCAAAUGCAAGGGAUUUAACCACAUAGCUGCGAAAUGUAAUGCAACAGCUGAUAAAUUUUAAUACGAGGGUGACGGAACAUUCGGAAACACGUAUUGACUUGUUGUAUUCCAAUGAUAACCGAGUUAUAUGUCAAAAGGUCGAGGAUCAUAGAAUAUCUGACCACGAAACAAUAAUGUUUCGACUAAAUGUCAAUAAACUUAACCCACUUGCUAAGGAGGCAGAAGUAAUAUCCUGGGAGAGAUAUAACCCUGAGAACUUAACAAGUUUACUAAGGCAGUGCGAUUUCUCAAACUUAAAUUUUUUCGAUGCUGACGGUAUGGUGGAGUAUAUUACUCACUGCAUUAUGUGGGCCAUGAGGCAGUUGACUUACUCAAAAAUAACUCGCAUUAGGCAGAGGAACAAAUGGUAUGAUAGGCAAUUGACAGAGAUGAACAAGUAUAAAUCUAAAUCCCAUGAGAAAGCAGUGUUGUCAGGGUACUGGGGUGAAUAUAAUUUAGUGAGAAGCAGAUAUAAGAAAAUGGUAAGGUGUAAAAAAAUUAAAUACUUAGAGCAUAAGGUGGAAAUAAAUAAGGGUGACAGCCGACUCAUGUGGAAAUACUUAAAGGAGGUAGUCAAUAACACGGAGGUCAAAGAAAAUAUUGGGGAAGUGAUAAUAAAUAACACCAACUACGUAGACAGCUUUGAAAUUGCGGAAAACCUAAAUAAUUUUUUCGUGGACAGCAUUUUGGAAAUACAUACCAAUAUAGAGUGUGUAAACUAUGAUUUUUUCGAGCAACGAGCUCCCACAAGUACGCUAAAAUUUGAAGAGGUCUCAACGGAAGACAUUCUUCAAAUUGCCAAAAAAUUUAAGCGGAAAAUUGGGGGAAACAACCUACUUUCUGAAGGUGUUAUUAAGGACUCUGCUGAUUAUAUGGGAUAUUUCUAUGCCCUACUUAUAAAUAAGAGUCUCCAAACAGGAUCAGUACCGGAAGAAUGGAAAAUUUCAUCAAUAGUGCCCGUCAAGAAAGUUAGAAAAACGGUUAAAGCUGAGGAGCUUAGGCCCAUCAAUACUCUCCCUAGCUUGGAAAAAAUGCUAGAAACCGUUGUGAAAAACCAGCUACAGUACUAUGUGGAAUCCAAUAAAAUACUCAUAAAAGAACAAUCUGGAUUCAGAGCUAAACAUUCCUGUGAGACUGCGCUGAAUCUGGUGCUUUCUCAAUGGAAAGAAGAUCUGAACAGACACCUUAAUGUAGUGGCAGUGUUUAUUGAUCUUAAAAGAGCAUUUGAAACCGUUGAUAGGGUCCGAAUGUUGGAUAAACUAAAAUACAUUGGUAUAAAAAACACUGAGCUUGACUGGUUUAGAAGCUUUCUAUGUAAUCGUAGGCAACAAACAAUAGUUAAUUCAAAGAUGUCUAGUAAGAUAGCCGUAGACAUCGGAUUACCACAGGGCUCAGUUUUGGCACCCCUACUCUUUAAUAUAUAUAUAAACGAUAUUAAAAGUUCUCUCAAACAUUGUAAAAUAAAACUCUUUGCGGAUGAUGCCUUGUUAACGAUCAGUGAUAGGGAACUACCAAAUGCGAUUGUCAAAAUGCAAGAAGAUCUUAAUUCUUUGUAUCAAUGGCUGUGUUCAAAUAAACUCAAACUGAAUGUGAAAAAGACUAACUUUAUGGUAUUUUCCAGAGCGGCAAAUGCUGACUCCAUAAGCCGUGAAUUAAAAAUCAAAGAUGAAAAUAUCGAAGAGGUGAAAAUUGUCAAGUACCUAGGAAUAUACAUAGACAACAAACUAAAGUUUGAUGAGCACGUUGAGUAUACAGUCAACAAGAUUGCUAAAAAAAUUGGCCUUAUAAAGAGAUCGUGUAAGUACUUGGGAAGAAGAUAUAAAACGUUGGUGUACAGGUCAAUAGUAGAACCGCACUUUAUAUACUGCCCCACGAUUUUCUUCCUAGCGGGGGACUCCCAUGUAGAUAAGCUGCAAAAAAUGCAAAACCGAGCGAUGAGAUUCAUCCUCAACAAACCGUAUGACACACCAACAAGAUGUAUGCUUGAAACCUUGAAUUGGUUAAGCGUGAAGCAACAAGUUUUUUACCACGCUAUGAAAUUUGUGUACAAUAUUAAGAAGGGCAACCUGCCGGAUUAUCUUAGCGAUAAUCUCCGAUAUAUAAAUGAGAC